AUGCAAGAAGCUCGCCUCAUUAUAUGGGAUGAGGCACCAAUGACUCAAAAAUAUGCUUCUGAAACACUUGACAAAACACUGGAAGAUAUACUGGGAUACAAAGAUCUAAGAAACAAACAUCAGGUCUUUGGUGGAAUGACAGUUUUACUUGGUGGGGAUUUCAGACAGAUCCUGUCAGUUAUCCCAAAAGGUAAGAAACAGGAAAUUGUUCACUCUUGCAUCAACAAAUAUGUCUUAUGGAAAUAUUGCAGGCUUUUUACCCUUUCACGUAGUAUGCAGGUCAAUGAAUAUUCAUCAACAGGAGUCGUUGAUAUCGAGAAACAAGAAUUUAACAAAUGGGUCCUAAAUAUUGGUGAUGGAAUUAUAGAAGCAAAGGCAAAAGAAAGUGAGGACGAACCAACUUGGAUUCCUAUCCUUGAGAAGUUUAUUGUUCCAUACUCUACUUCACCAAUUGAGGAGAUCAUCAAAGCCACGUUUCCAGACUUCCUUGAAAACUAG